CCCACUCCAGGUGCUGAAAGACAGAGACAGAGACUCGGGUGAAAGCAUCUGUCUCACUCCGAAGUUUGACUCACUUCCCCUCUCACACGCGCAGUCUAUUUCUUAUACGUCUAUGGUUUUCGCUAAAAAAUACUCCGAUUUAGCAAAGAUUCGAAUUAAAAAAUUGGAAAUAUAAUCUCGUUUGGAUUGACCGCCGCUCUCAGACAUCUUUCUGGCGGUAUCAUGAUGUAACGAGACAAUGAAUUUUCAAUCACAAUGGCUGUGUUGACAUGUGUGAUUGGUCAAUUUUGUUUGCAACAAAAAGCGAUUAUUGUAGACGAGGUCUAAUGUUGUAAAAUUUAUCCCCGCCAACUUCGAGCCGUUGUCAAGGCAACACGUGCAUCGUCAAACUGAUGUGACAUUCGGUGACAGUUGCUUCAAAAGUUAAUCGUCAAAAAAUAUGUAAAUAUCUUCUAGGUGUAGAAUGUUGUAAAAUAUUUUAUACUUUUUUUUGUUCUCUCGUGAAACGAAACUAACGCAACAAUGCCUUUGUUUUCCAACAAAUUUUCUCCCAAAAAAACACCGACUAGAAAGGCAUCGGUUUUUCUGGCAAAUAAAAAUUUAAGUCCCAAGCGAAUAGAAAAGGAACUUGGUCCCGAAGUUGGUCCCAUACGUCUUCGACUUGGAGAUCAGGAAACGGUGUUCGAGGCUGGUCUGUGGAUCCCAGAAUCAGGCAAGGCAGGAAGCACUUUUAAAGAGAAUGACAAGCUGAAGAAAGAGGUGAGGCGACUAGAAGAAGAAAACAACUUGUUAAAACUGAAGUUUGAAGUGUUAUUAGACAUGCUAACACAAACUACUGCUGAGGCUCAUUCGCAGAAAGAGGAAUUAGAGAGAUUAAAACCCGUUUCUCUUAACAAGAAAGUUGCCACUUAAUCUGCUAAGCAUUGUUUUGACUAGAGAGGUGAACAGGAACUAUAUUGUCAAUCUCAAUUAAGUUUUAAUCAACUGACUGCAUCUCUUAAUUUUUUUUUAUUUGUACGAUUAGUUGCGAUUCAAGAAAGAGAAAUUCAAGUUUAGAAAUUCUUAAUUACACUUUUUACAAAACUGUAGUAAAUAUUAUGUAAAAACUGUACAUUAUAUUCAUCAUAACGGAUUGUUACUAAAUUAGAUUUUUAAUCCAU